ACCGCAGACACCACCUUCACCACUUUGCCAUUGUAAGCUGAAGCAAACCACCGCCCAUUCCUGCAUCGUACAGAAACGCUCCUGCUCCGAUCGCAAAUCGUGGACGCGUCUUUACAUACGAAGGGUUCGCGUAUUUGCCCUUGGCUUUGUUCCCUGUAACCUGGCCUUCAAGUACUCCGAAAUGAAUUUCGUUUGAAGCCGGACGUCGAAAACUUCUGACGGAUAUUGAUUGAUCAACCAACUUAUUCAGACGCUUGACUCAAUUAACAAGAACAUCACCUUCCCUUUUGCCCUCAACUAUGGUCGAACGUCAACCCUUAAUCCCGCCUACCUUUUGCGAUCUACCAACCCAGAGACUCUAUGUAGUCUCUUCAUUCGUCCUCAUCCAAGCCUACAAAUUGAUACAGUUUCUCGAUGUCAUUUGGUCGGGUUCAAUCAACGAGAGAAGAAAAUUAUGGAUUUACUGGAGCCUAAUUGAUGCCUUGUUAAUCGGCUUCCUGAUACCGUCUCUUCGCAUACCUCGUUUGAGAUAUAACAUCAUCCAAAGAUGCAUGAUACUCGGCUCGCUCGUAUUCCUAAAUUGGUUCUUUGUCGGUAACUGGCAUCUUCAGUUUGGCUUUCUUUGGGUGUUUCUUCCAAAAUCGAUCAAAAAUUUGUUCAACUAUCAAACAGCCAUCAUGGAAUACAAGGUCCGGUUGAAUGACGUCAUUAGCCCAUCGUCUCACAUACUUGGGAAGCACACUAUUCAUAUUCUGCCCCACAGCACUGCUAAGCUCAAUCCCUCUAGCCAAUGCUUUUGUUUAUCAGCUGCAGUCCGGUCUGCUUUUGUUUCUAUUCCGAUCCUCUUCAAUAACUCGAUUCCUCAUCUACUUCAGUAUUCAGUCAUGAACUUCACAACCGGUGAAAAAUUAUUGAAAAAUUUGACUCAUGCGCAACUACAACCACUUACGAAGCAGAAGAAGACUCAAAAGAGCCUUGAAGAUUGGCUGGAAGAUGAAGAGGGUGAAUGGUCUCUCGAGAAUGACAAUCAGGCCCAGUCGAAUCAAAACCCUCGCCCAAGACCGCAGCAAUCAAUAUCCUCGGGCGAGCUUAAAUUGAGUCCAACCCAGCACCUUUAUAACCUAGAUAUACACCACAUUGGUGUUAUACGACUAGAAAGAGUUCUCGACAAGGAUAAUAUGGACAUUCGUAUAGCGCGUACUGAAGCUUUGGUCGUGGAAUGUCCUAGUGCUAGUUUCUUGUCGGACCCCGCCGAUAGUGGUGAUAAGAAGUUUUCACCCUGGCCUUCUUCAACUGGAGCAAAGGAAAAUCAUAAGUGUAUUGGUGAUACCGAAAACUUUGGACUUGUAGUCAAGGGUCUUGCACCAUUAUCUUUAACAUAUCAGCAGACCGUCAAUGGGCAGCGGAAACUGGUGAAACUAGAGGGCAUCUCUUCUGGUGAAUUGUUUACCCCUUUGACUUCGAUUGAUACCUCCACACUGGCCGAGAAGUUAUCGGUCUCUCAUCGUCCUGAAUACACUUGGGCUGAAAGUCAUUCAAUCGAAAUCCCCUUGAACGUUAGUUUGACGACACCGGGCCGACAUGUCUAUCAACUCGACAGUCUGAAAGACGCGUGCGGACACCGAUUCGAUUUUGAUAAAGCACGCGAAGCCUCCUCGAUGUUCGCCCGGCAAGAGUAUAUAGAUUCAAAAAGCGUCCAGGUGCACUCUAGAGGUCAAAUCAGUUUUGUUGACUGCGGCAACACGGACGAUGAGCCUUUGCGGUUACUCCAAGGAAAAAGUGUCCCUCUAAGAAUGUCGAUUCAGCUACAAAGUGAUAUGCCCGAUCCACCCUGGAUGGUGGGAAUUUCUUACCAACCGAGCAAAUCUGCCAACCCAUCGGAAUCAAAAACCUCUGGCGCUUGGAUCAAAGAGCUAGCUUUUAAUGACCGAGAGAAAACCUUUUGGGCGAGGGAAGCUGGCGUAUAUGAAAUCACUUCUUUACAAGGAAAGUACUGCCAGGGAAACAUGUUGGUGCCUUCCACAUGCUCAGUUGUCGAACAACCAACUCCAACGAUCGACCUAAAUUUCACGUCGAUUACCGAUAAAUGCUCCGGCGAAAUUGGUCUUCAAGCAAACUUUCUCCUGACAGGAAAGCCGCCGUUUAAGCUUCAUUAUCUUAUCUCCCAGGUGGGAAGAAGCCCGCAGGCGAAGGUCAAAGUUAUCCAACACAGCCGAGAUGAAAUUCUUAUUCAGCCGGACUCGCCGGGCCAAUUUGAAUACAGCUUUAUUCGCUUAGACGACCAAUAUUAUCAAGGGGUAGAAAUCAUCGGCAAGACGAUUAAGCAGACCGUUCAUCCACUUGCUCAUGCGCGAUUCGUCCGAGGAGGUAAGGAUGAGAAUAUAUGGAGCUGCAGUGGCGAAAGCGUCGAGGCGGACAUUGAACUCAGAGGAGCCCCACCAUAUAGCGUUACCUAUCAGAUCCUCGGAGAGGAACCGAAAAUGAUUGGUGGAAUUUCAUCAAGUUAUGCUACUUUGGACGUUGCGAUCCCACAGAAAUACAUCAAAAAAGGCGGAAGCUUUAUCGUCACACUUAUCAGUAUCAAAGACGGAAAUGGAUGCUUGAGGAAUUUGACUGUGUCAGAUUUGAACAUUGAAGUUCAUCGAACAAAGCCGACAUUGAAAUUUUACGGUUCCGAGAACGAGAGAAAGAUAGUUGCGCGCGAGGGUGACAUGGUUGCCCUACCUAUGCGCCUUACUGGGAAUGGACCUUGGACGAUUGAAUACACUCACAACACGGAUCAAUCGAUCAAAAAAGUGAUCUACGGCUCAAACGACGACCUUCUUGUUGAUCAAGCUGGCAAAUAUACACUUCAAAGCGUCCAAGAUCGACAUUGUCCUGGUACAGUCGAGAACCCAACCUUUUAUUUGGAGUGGAUACCCAAACCCAGUUUGAUGAUAUCUCCUCACAAUUCUGGUGACCUUAUUCGUGGUGUGUGGAUUAAACCGGCAAUCUGUGAAACUGUAGAUGAUAGCAUAGAAUUAACGCUCGAAGGAACGCCCCCCUUUUCAAUCAACUAUUCGGUGCUUCGCAAGCCGCUUGGAAGAGGUGAAAAAGCCGUCAAACAGUCCAAAACUAUUCAAAUCCUUAAGGCUAGCGGCACACUUCCAAUGCAGACAUUAGAGCCCGGUGAAUACGUUUAUACAAUCCAUAGUUUGAACGAUCACAUAUACAAUACACCAAGCUCGUCUGGAUUAUUGAACUCACAACGCAGCGGAGAUAUUCAAGUCAAACAAGAAGUUCUGGCCUCACCUCAAGGGCUUCUUAACAUCUUACCUCGGACGACCUACUGCGUUGAAGAAAGCUUAUCGGCACAGGCUAACAAGGGCGUCAAGAUCGAGCUGAUGGGCAAAGCGCCGUUUCAAGUAGAGAUCGAAGUAAAAAACCAAGUUACUCAAAUUUCAGAAAACUUCAAGCUCCAAUUGCAAUCGAAAUCGAGCUUGCUGGAUUUACCUUACAAGUUUAGCUCAGCUUCACCGCAUUCGAUUAAGAUCAAAUCGCUAGAGGAUUCGAGUAAAUGUAAAUCGAUCACCACUUCAAGCGAGAGCUUUUCGGAUAGCUUCAAAAAACAGAAUUCACAAUCGCCAGUGACGAUCGAAGUGGCUGAAAUUGCCUCUAUCAAGCCGAUUAAUGAUAAACCCUACUACUGUGUGGGAGAAAACCUCGAAUUCUUGUUGAAAGGAUCUCCUCCUUGGUUGAUAAAGUACGAGUUCAAUGGACAUCAAUCAAAAAUCAAUGUCAACUCGCAAUCACAAUCGAAGUUUUCAAGAUUAGCUCAAGAGCCCGGACUGUUCAAACUACUUGAGAUCUCAUCUUCCUCGUCUGCUAGUUCGAAAGAUCCCAAUAAUUAUUAUGAUCACAGCAGCCAGAAUGACGUUUGCAAUUCUAAAUUGAAGUUCGAACGGUCUGUCAAGCCGUUGCCUGUUGUUAAAAUCUCUUCGGGUCGAUAUUUUAUUGAAGAUAUUAGGGAAGGUGAUCAAUCUGAAAUAACUUUCACAUUCGAAGGAACCCCGCCCUUUUCAUUUACAUACAUAAGGACGGUUUCAGAUGAAUCCAGUUCAUCACCAUCUUCAUUGAAAAAGUCAAGUGAAAAUUCCAAGAUCAAGAAUUACGACAACAAGAAAGGUGGUGAGCGGAUCUUGGAAUCCAAGACGAUUACUGAUAUUUAUGAGUACAGUUAUUCCAUAUUCACCAAGCAAGAAGGUACUUGGUCUGUUACUUUUGUUCAAGAUGCAUUCUGCUCAUUUCCUCCUUUUUCCAAAGAGUAGUGAUAUGUAGUCUCUACACUAUCAUUAUGAUGAAAAAUACCCAAAUGCUUAUCUUUUCUGUCCUUUCCUCUGAUACUUGUUCAUCAUUUUAACAAAACUGGUUCCACCAUAUAUGCCUUUAUUUGUCGCAAUCCCGCGAUGAUAUCAACACCAUAAACCUAAGCCAACACAUUGUUGCAAUCCCACUAUCUCACCUUGCAUAGAUGUUAAACCAUAAGCUCAUGUACACAAUCUAUAAUUCUAAUUUAUCGUCUUCUUUUCUUAUCAAAUAGGAAAUUGUAAACCUGAUUAGAUUAUCAUAGAAAGAACAAGUAAAUGGUUACCAGAUAGUU